AUGUUGAAAUCAACAUAUAAACCCUCGUCGAACCAGCCACCACGACCACCACCUUUACCUCCUGGUUGGACAGAGCACAAAGCUCCUACGGGCCAUACUUUUUACCACAACGCAGCUACAAAAGAAUCUACGUAUACUCGUCCAGGCGCAUCGCCUCUACCUACUACUACUUCUAUUUUUCAGUCUUCACCUCCUCCACAGAACCCCCACGCCAACUUCCUCCAAUAUUCCACCGUUCCUCAACUUUCCGAUCCCGCGACCGCCAAUGCCUUCCUUGCUCAGUAUGACCCAGCACACCAGCGCAAUGCGCAGCAGCAUGGUGGCCGUGGUGGUCAUCGUGGACAUCAUGAAGGAAAAGAUCGUCCCCGCCCUCAGCCGGCAGACAAGCCAAAAUCCAAAGUUGCCAUUCCAGGUUGUGAGCCAUGGUUGCUAGUGUACACCAAAUAUGGUCGGCGCUUUGCGUAUAAUCCCACCAAAAAUGCGAGUUAUUGGCGGAUUCCCGAGAAGGUCAUGAAGGGGGUACUAGAACUGGACAUCAGAGGGAUCAAAGAGAAGGCUACAGGCACGCAAGGUGAGGGGGCGGAUGUUAAGACAUCUGCAACUCCGUCCACGGAACCGCAAAUAGGAACUCUUACAAUAGAUACGGUGGAGGAGACAGAGGAGCAAGUAGAAAUAGGUUCUGAUUAUGAAGAGGUUGAGGUCACGGAUGAUGAAGGCGAAGAAGAGAAAACCGAUGAAGCAGUGGAAGAUGAAGAUAAAGACAAUGAGCGCCCUCCGAAACGACAGCGUACGGAAGAUCCUACCGCAGACAUACCGGUAGAAUUUAACGAGGACGAUAUUGCAUACCAGUUACAAGCGAUGGGAGACGAGUACGGUCUGGACCCGGGCGAAUACGACGACGGUAACCCAGACGCGUGGCCCGAAGGUGCUGAAGGUCUCCCCCUAUCUGAGACGGAUGCAAUAGAGCUAUUCAAAGAUUUACUAAACGAUUAUGGUAUCAACCCUUACUCAUCAUGGGAAAAACUCAUCGAAGAGGGUCGCAUCAUUGAAGACGGGCGGUAUACGGUGCUUAAUACGAUGAAGGCACGCAAAGACGCCUGGGAAGAGUGGAGCCGCGAGCGAAUACAGAUUCUCAAAGAGCAGCGUGCGAAAGAAGAAAAGAAAGACCCCCGGAUCCCGUACCUGGCAUUUCUCCAGCAGAAAGCAACGCCAAAGCUCUACUGGCCAGAGUUUCGGCGCAAAUACAAGAAAGAAGCGCCCAUGCGCGACACCAACCUAAACGAUCGCGAUCGGGAGAAGUGGUAUCGUGAGCAUAUCAAUCGACUAAAAUUACCUCAAGACUCCCUUAAGAAAGAUCUGGCUACACUUUUACGCAGCAUCCCUCUCCGCGCAUUAAAUAACAAGACCCAUCUAGAAAACCUCCCUGCUCAAAUACUAGCCGACUUGCGCUAUAUCAGCCUAGAUCCGCAGAUUCGGGACCCUUUAAUAGAGGCAUAUGUCCAGACACUAGGACAACCACCCGCAGAUGAUGGGGCUGGCGACGAUGGCGAGGCGGCACGCAAGGCAAAAGAGGAACGGAAAAAGCGGGAGAAAGCGCUUGAAGAACGAGAGCGAAUUGUCGCAGAAGAAAAGCGAAAGCAAAAGAGACAGCUGGAAUACGGAAAAGCAGCCCUACGAGAGGAGGAGCGGGAACUAGAGAGAGCUAUGCACGUGGGGAAAAAAGGCCUGCAGAGUCAACUUUUAGCCGCGAAUAAGACUGAUAAUGUUGCUGGGUAG